AUUUAACGCUAAACGUGUAGCUACAUUGUCGUCAGCUCGCAGGCUGGCGACACGGAUAGCCAGGCAGUGAAACGUGCCUGAAAACAGCCGUUAACUGUCAAGUGGAAGGUUGUCAUCGACAGUGCUGCUCGUAAAUCGUGAGAGACUGAGUGAGUUCUGCUUCCUCCUAACGUUACUCCCGAGCGGAGCGGGGCUCUCUCGCUCUCCGUCUGGCAUUUUCUUGUCGGGCUGUUCGGACUUCUUGCCGCUCUCUGUUCUCAGCCGGUCCGUGUACAGACUCGCCGUUAACGACGAAAUUAACAAAAGUGCGUUUUAUCGAUGACCUUUGAGAAAUGAAGGACUCUUCUCGGGUCAGGUUACCUUAGAGACUGGUUUUCCAGUUAGCUGGCUAACUAGCUCCCUCCUAAAGCUUCUCACUGAGCCGGUAUCCACAGCAGAAGGCCGACACGGGUGAACAUUCCUAGGUGGGGACUGGACUGGACUGGACGGAAGGAGAAAACAUUUGGAGAAAUAUUUCGCCACAUACUCAGCCUGAUCGUGUAGCUAGCGUGGAGUAAGUUAUAUGGCGAAAAGCUAACCGGCUACCUAAACUAUGGAUCCUUCUCUCGGACUCUGUGAGGAGAAAUGCCUGUCAACGGUGAAGGGGCAUGAGCUGAGGGCUGGCCAGCGAGAACCUAGACUCCUCUCUUUACUGGAGCGUUCAGGACAGUUUACGUUGGGAGUUUUGGCAAACCCUGAGGCAGUUGUGUCCAGUCCAGUGCCACAGUUGUCCAUACCUAUCACUAGCCACUUUCAGAUAGUACGAGAAGCUGAGGAGGCUCUUCUUAUAGACAUCUCAAUAAGCACGACGCUGAGGAUCCGUAUUCGAGGGGAGCGGACUCCGGAGCUGCUGCUGGAGCUGCAGGAUGAUGAUCGAACUCAGACAUUUCUCCAGCAGGUGAAGAAGGCCAAGCAGCAAGUUGAAGGAAGAAGUUCACUACCCAGGAAGAUGGAGCCUGUUGUUCCUGCCCCUAUCAAACCUUCUGUCCCAGUCCCGCCUCUGAGAGGAACCUCUAAACCACCAGUCACUGCUUCUAAGAACUUGUUACAAGGCAGCACCAACAACAGCAAUACAGGAAAGCCUUUAAAUUAUGUAGAUCCUGCAGUCUCACUGGUGACAGAUUUUGGUUUUGAGGAGAAUUUCAACCAUGCUUUAAAAGUGGAGGAGAAGAAGAACCAGCAAAACCGGAUAGUUGCCCAGAGGGAGCCUCCUCCUGUACCUCCCCUUCCUCCUCGAAAAGGUUCCCACACGCCCCCUGCUGUUCCAGUAGCUGGCCCACCUCCCAAAGAUAGACCUCCUCCUAUGCAAAUUGGCACACCGGUUAGACAAGAGUAUAGUCACUCUUCAGAACGAUCUAGCUCUUGGUCUGACAGCCCAACCACGCACAGCAUGAGGCAGGCCAUGCUCAGCAGCCAGUCAGGCCUGAGAGAGGGCCUUCUCAAAUAUCGCUUAGGCAAAAAGGAGAAGGAGUUUGUGGAUAUCCACAACUUUAGAUUCUUUGCAGGCACAUGGAAUGUGAAUGGUCAGUCCCCUGAUAGCAGUUUGAAUCCCUGGUUGUGUUGUGACCCUGAUCCCCCUGAUGUGUACGCACUGGGGUUUCAAGAAUUGGAUUUGAGCACAGAGGCCUUUUUUUACAUGGACUCAUCCAAAGAGCAGCUGUGGGUCGAUGCAGUGGAACGAAGCCUUCAUCCCAAAGCCAAGUAUAAACGGGUACGCAUUAUACGGUUAGUGGGUAUGAUGCUGGUGGUGUUUGUCAAAAAGGAGCACAGGAACCAUAUCAGAGAUGUCUCUGCUGAAACUGUGGGAACUGGCCUCAUGAAUAAAAUGGGCAAUAAAGGAGGCGUGGCAGUGCGGUUUGUAUUCCACAACACCAGCUUCUGCAUUGUGAACUCUCACCUUGCGGCCCAUGUGGAGGACUUUGAGCGGCGGAACCAGGACUACAAGGACAUUUGUGCCCGCAUGAGCUUUCACCUCAUGGAGCACCCACACCUCAAUAUAGUGAAACAUGAUGUGGUGAUUUGGCUGGGAGAUCUAAACUACAGACUGUUUUUAUAUGAUGCAGCUGAAGUGAAGAGACUCAUUGCUGAUAAUGAGCUGCGGAGGCUCCAGGAGUAUGAUCAGCUAAACAUUCAAAGGCACACUAAGCGAGCCUUCACUGACUUCAUGGAGGGAGAAAUCACUUUUAUCCCCACUUACAAAUAUGAUGCAAAAUCGGACCGAUGGGAUUCAAGUGGGAAGUGCCGAGUUCCAGCCUGGUGUGACCGUGUCCUGUGGAGAGGUAGUAAUGUUAAGCAGCUGCACUACCGGAGCCAUAUGGAGCUGCAGACCAGUGACCACAAACCUGUCAGUGCCCUCUUUAGCAUUGGGGUGAAGAUGGUGAAUGAACAGCGCUAUAAGAAGGUGUUUGAGGAGAUAGUACGUGACAUGGAUAGGAUGGAGAAUGACUUCCUGCCCUCUUUGGCAUUGACUCGAAGGGAGUUCACCUUUGAGAAUGUAAAGUUUCGUCAGCUGCAGAGGCAGAGUUUUCUCAUCACUAAUGAUGGCCAGGUACCCUGUACUUUCGCCUUCAUCCCCAAACUCACAGACUCCCAGUAUUGCAAACCCUGGUUACGAGCUGAGCCCAGUGAAGGCCUCUUGGAUCCUAAUGAGACCAUGGAGAUUGCCCUGGAGGUAUAUGUGAGUAAAGACUCUGUAACUUUGCUCAACUCUGGAGAGGAUAAAAUUGAAGACAUUCUAGUGUUGCACCUGGACAGAGGGAAAGACUACUUCAUCACUGUGUCUGGGAACUACUUGCCCAGCUGUUUUGGUACAUCUUUGGAGACCCUGUGCCGUAUGAAGAAGCCCAUCCGUGAAAUUCCUAUCACCAAACUCGUCGACUUGGGAGAAGAUAGCUACAUGGAAAAGGAAAAAUCCAGAAUGAACUUCCUACUGGAAAGCACUACCACAGAAGACAAACCCUUAAAAAUCCCAAAGGAGAUCUGGCUACUGGUUAACCAUCUUUUUACCAAGGCCUGUCAGCAGGAGGAGCUUUUCCAGACCCCUGGCCUGCAAGAUGAGCUGCAGUGUAUCAUUGACUGUCUGGAUACCAGUAUUCCUGACUUCAUCCCUGGCUGUAACCAUUCAGUGGCUGAGGCACUGUUGAUCUUCUUGGAGGCUCUGCCUGAGCCUGUGGUGUGUUACGAGCUCUACCAACGAUGUCUCGAAUGCUCACAUGACAGCCGCCUCUGUAAACAGUUAAUAUCUCAGCUCCCCCGAGCUCACCGCAACGUAUUCCGCUACUUGUUGGCUUUCCUCAGAGAACUGCUCAAGUACUCAAUCGACAACAACCUCACUGCCAAUCUCCUAGCUACCCUCUUUGCAAGCCUUCUCAUCCGGCCACCACCUAACCUAACUGGGAGGCAGACAUCCAACGAUCGGCAGAGAGCCAAUGACUUCAUUCUAGGGUUCCUAAUGGGCAGUGAUGAGGACUGAGGAGCCUUUCAGAGAUGAUGGGUCAUACAUCCCUCCAGGCAUAGGCGGUGACCCGUGGAAGCCAGAGAGUUUAGGUGUGUGUGUGUGUGUGUGUGUGUGUGUGUGUGUGUCUGCCUGCCUGUGUGAGUGGCUUAACUUACUAGAUAUCAAUGGACCCACCCUGCACUACAAUGGCUGAUGGGAUAGCAAGAUGACGGCAUUGCAUUGAGCCUCCUUUUGCACAGACACUGCAUGUUGGCUCUGGUGUGCUGUACGUCUCCAUUGCUGGAAUCGUGAGGUUUUAGCCUGGACUAGUCCAGCUCUGAGAGCUUUAAUGGCUUUGUGGUUAGCCUGGCCAUGAGACAUUUAAAAAAAAGUUUUUCCGCACUUUUUGACCUCUGGUGGGAUGUUUCAAUGCCAAAACCAAAAACUGUUCACUUGACUGAGGUGUAAGUGGGAUGGAUGGAUAUAUAUAAAUAAUGUAUGCGGUCACAUGCACCUGCAAACAGAAAAUGACUUGUACACUAAGAAAGAGCAGUGUUUGACUGCUGUGUUCGUUCUGAAUGCUUUCUCCAAUUGAAAAGUCAUAGCUCAAGGCACCUUUCAUUCUUUCUCACAGCCCAAGCAGUGUGAGAGACCAUGUAACUGUACAAAGACUGUCCUGCUCCAUGUGACAUCAGUGGGUCAGGUGAUGUUGUGAUUCUUGAAAGGUGACUUAGACAAUCGAUUACCUUUUGGAGGAGAGCUUUCUGUGAGUGUACCUGAAUCAUGGUUGUGUGUGUCUGUUGUAGUGUAAUAUUGUUAUUUAUAUAUUUUUGUGUUCUCUCACAUCUGUCAUUUUCUUGAUCUUUCUGCUUUGGGAACUCUCAGAGCUCGGUCAGAGCUCCUUCAAUAAGAUGCAUUGGAAUUUGCUUUUGGAUCAAAGAUGACUCUAAAACGUUUGUUCUGGUUUAGACUGUUUAACUGGCGAAACCUCCAUCAUGCUGUAGCUACUUCAUAAUAUUUCUUCUGUGUUCUGACCAAUGCUGUUAAAGUAAUACGCCUGCAUUUUUCAGUCUAAUGCUGCUGCAUCUGUAGCAUACAGUUGGUGAACCAUGAACAAUAAUUCUGAUUAGGGAUGCACUGAUACCACUUUUUUCCAUUACCAAUAAUGAUGACCAUACCUCAUCCUCGAAUAUCUGUUGAUACUGAGUGCCGCUACUGAUACAAACCCAGUCUAAGCUGACUACUCAGUAAUUGUGCGAUUUAGGCAAAAUAUCGAAUUGCAUUUUUUUUCUGACCAGUAUUUUGAUUGCAAUUUGACUUGCGAUUAUUUUCUAUUGAGUUCCAGGCAUUGAUUUUGGCAAAAGCGACCAGUGUGCCAGUUUUUGUGACUUGAGGCUUGAACACUGAAUGUAGUGUGUCAGAGUGGCAGUUGAUUGUGGUUGUGUUGUGCACAGCACAUGGGUGUUCUGGUUGGGUACGAUUGCUCUAACACAUCUAGAGAUGGUGCACAAGCUCUGAGUUAUUUGUUUACAAUUCCCCACUUAGUUUGUUAAAACAAUGUUCUUGAUAAAUGUAGGCUAUAACAAAAUUGCAGAUCUUGGGAUUUUAGAAUUACCUUCUUUAAAAUUGCAUAUUUGAUAAAAACAUUUCAGCCUCCAUCGAUACAUACACAUCAAUGCUGAAAUUUCUACUUUUUAAUGAAAUAGUUUAUUUUGACCAAAGCAUUGAAUAAAACAUGCUAGGCUCGAAUGAGUGGCAUUUACUGGUUGGAAAACUUGGCAUUUGAAUGGUUUCUGAGCCUCUCUUCAACAUUCUGGCAUUACAGUUCUUGCAGUGAUUAUCAAUACUGCUUGUCUCAAACAUGAAAUAAUCCCUCAAAGACACAUUGCUGACUUCAAGUACUUUAUUGCUGAUACCGAUACUGUAUUCAAGUGUCAGUAUUGAGCUGAUAGCGAUACAGUAUUUGUAUCGGUACAGCACUAAUUUUAAUGCAUUUCUUUAUGCGUAGGAGAAAAACUCUGAAACAUUGACUCGAAUCACAUGUACUGGAAUGUACUUUUAUAGUGUUUGUGAUGAUCAACUAUAGCCUACAUUUGCGGCAGAGAUUAGGUUGAAAAACACUUGACUCUUUUAGGCAUUGUGACGGUGAGCCUGUUUCAACAGAAAUCAUUACAGUCCAGAAAACUAUGGGGUUUGUCUGUUUUAAGUCUACUAAGCUCAACAUGUUUCCAGUGGUUUACUCUGUAACCAGGUGUGCCCUCUGCUUUUCAGAGAGUGUCAUACCUCAUUGAUAUCUUACCUGAUGUAAAUGUGUUGUCCUGUACCUACUGACUGUUUUAAUGUACUGUCUUGUGUGUUAAUGUUGAUGCAAAAUGUGUCCUCCCAUGCAUUACUAUGAGUGCAGUUACAUAUAUUAUGGCUGCUGUACACUCAGCACCCACUCACAUGAACCUUAAGGGAGAGUUCCAUUUGUUUUUUUGUUUUUUGUUUUUUGCCCCCCGCCCCCCCAACUGCUUUUAAUUACCCAGGAUGGUGCUAACAGGUGGUUUUUAGGUGCACUGCCUGAAGAUUUAGAUCUAUAGUACACUAAUCAGCAUAAGCUACCCCUUCAAAGAAGCUCCAUUUCUGUAGUCCCGUCUGUAAUAGUCAUUUUAAGACGUACUGUAUAGUGCAGUAUAGUGGGUCACUUACAGAAGUUGUCACAAGAAUUGCAAAUGUUCCAUGAUGUCGUUGACCUAAAACACAUCAGGGUUUUACUGGUUAGAGCCCAGGUAUGUUGUGAAGGUGAGAAAAGUUGGAAUUCCCGUUUUUACUUGACUCUCUGUACAGUCUUUGUGUCAUUGGUUCUGUUGGGAGUUUGUGUUGCUGCUUGUAUGUCUUUUUCUUUUUCGGUGGCAAGAUUGCAGUAUGUAAUUGUGUAAGCAAGUGAAACCAUCUUCAAACAAGCCAAUAUAUGUCAUUUUUUUAUAUUUUGAAAUUGUUGUAGGAAUAAGAUUAUUUAACCUGUUUUUAUCUAGUGAAAGUGUUUUGUUCUGUUGGCAGAUAAUUUUACUUGUUUUGAGAAAUAGUGCAGGUCAUUUUGCUUAUUUAAAGAAAUAAUAUUUGAUAAAAUAGUGCAAUUAUCUGCCAAUGAAAUAAAAACAAGUAUAAACAAGUAAAACAUUGUUAAGGAAUAGGUUAAAUAAUCUUCUGCCAGAAGAUUAACUUUAAAAGUGAAUUUCCUCAGAUUUUAUUUAAAAAUUUCUCCAUAAUUUAAUUGUUUAGAUGUAAAUUAGGUUUAGAGUUGCUCCGUUCUAGAAAAACCUACCAAGUCAGUAUUGUUCACAGUGGUUGUGAUAAGAACCAGACGUCUAAAGAGUUUAAAACCUCUGAAUUCAACCUCACAGAAGCGGUCACAUGAAAUUAUUAUGAAUACACUGCCAGAUGCCUGAGAUAUUGAUUUACAGUAGUUUUGUCAUAAGGUUUUGAGGAACAUGCAAAGCAGUGUAAGGCUUAUUUUUUGAGUGUCCAGUACUUUACAGUUAUUCACAUUAUAUACAAAACCACAUUAGAGCCGUGUAGGUUCACUGGUGGGUUUGGAUAGUAAAUAAAACUGCUAUUUGCAUUGUGAACAUUGUGAACUCUGGUUCCUAUCACUAUCACUAAAAGAUAUAUAAAUUGGUAAGUUUCUCUACUAUUUCACAUUAAAUCUCUCUGAAUGGCUUUACUGACAUCUCAAUGACUGAAUUGUGCAGAUAUUUGGGGAAAAAAAGUAUAGUAUAGUAUAAGUAUAUCCCAUUCAUGGUGUGUCAGAUGUAUUUGCACAGGAAACUGAGUCAAUGUUCUAAUGGUUACUGGAAAGGUUUUACUGAUAUCAGGAAAAAGCCGGUGUGAUGUAAAAUCACAUCAAUUGUUUCCACUGUUCAGUGGAAAACUCCCUCAAAGUCUUAAAACAACAUGUUUGUUUGCGCAGAGACGUGCUGAAAAUAGCAUGGAAAAAGACAAGAAAAAGAUCCUCAGCACAUCCUCACUUCAAGUUCAGUAUGCAUUGUUUUCUCUUUGAAAGCUCUUAACAUGACAUGUUGUCAACCUCGAAAACGACCACGGCCUUCUGCCACUGGACGCUACUGCUUUUCUGCUCGCCUACUGUACAACUGCCUCGGGCUCAGCCCUGCCGAUCUCUGCUGUGCCUGACCUCUUAACCACGUCUGCUGUUCUUACAAGCCUGCGUCUGUCGCUAGGUUUAGUCACCUGCUGAGCCAGCCUGCUUGUUUUGUAACUUCCUCUAAGGCAGAGGCCAUAAGUAGAUUCCUGAAAAGGGCCUGGCAGUAGACCGCUGCUUUACUCGAAGCUUAAAGCACUUGCUCAGCAUAGCCAGUGUGUGACGUCUCUGGAAGGAAUGAGCUCCAUUGGCUCGAGUCAGUGGAACCGAGGUUCCAAACAAACUUCUCAUUCACAAGGCUUUUUGGGUCUAUGUGGCCACCAUUCCCACUCUACACGCUCUCUGGGAGAUUUUAAUUGGAGGAUGACUCACUUGCGUUGUCUUGUACCUUCUUUUCUGUUAUUGUGUUUUUAUGUUUGUUUCUACAAAAGUCUGUCUUUCAUGGUACAUAUGCAACUGAAUACUUGCACAUCUGUCAUUUUUCUCCUUUUUUUUUGGUACUUUUAACUUAUUUAAUGGAAAUAAAACUAUAAAAUCUUAA